CAUUUCUCAUCAACACCAAAAAUGUCUAUUGACUUCCCUCGCGAGGAGGAGCGCGUGCUUGCGCGAUGGAAGGAGAUCGACGCUUUCCUGAGGCAAGUUGAGCUGUCUAAAGGCAAAGAACCAUACACCUUCUACGAUGGACCGCCGUUCGCGACCGGAUUGCCUCAUUAUGGCCAUCUCUUAGCGUCCACCAUCAAGGACAUUAUUCCGCGUUACUGGUCCAUGAAGGGUCGUUACGUUGAGCGGAGAUUUGGCUGGGAUACCCACGGUGUUCCGAUCGAGUAUGAAAUCGACAAGGAAUUGGGCAUGUCUGGACGUGAUGCUGUGCGCGAAAUUGGAAUUGCAAAGUACAACGAAAAGUGCCGCGCCAUUGUCAUGAGAUAUGCGACCGAAUGGAGAUCUACCAUCGACCGUCUUGGGCGCUGGAUCGACUUCGACAACGACUACAAGACCAUGGAUACCAACUUCAUGGAAUCCGAGUGGUGGGUGUUCAAGCGCCUCUUCGAUAAGGGCGCUGUAUACCGUGGGUACAAGGUCAUGCCCUACAGUACAGCGUUGGCGACGCCUCUCAGUAACUUUGAGGCUUCCCAAAAUUACAAAGAUGUCCAAGACCCAGCAGUCGUUGUCACAUUCCCACUUGUCAACGACCCAAACACAUGCUUAUUGGCAUGGACCACCACUCCAUGGACACUGCCAUCCAACACUGGUCUCUGCGCACACCCCGACUUUGAAUACGUAAAGAUCCUCGAUGAAGCAUCCGGCAAACACUACGUUCUCCUCGAAUCCCUGCUACGUACACUCUAUAAGGACCCCAAGAAGGCCAAGUUCAAGAUUGUUGAAAAGCUCAAGGGCAAGGACAUGCUAGGCUGGAAGUACGAGCCCCUCUUUGACUAUCUGUACGAUGAGUUCAAGGACUAUGGCUUCAAGGUCUUGAACGACACCUAUGUUACAGCCGAUAGUGGUGUGGGUAUCGUCCACCAGGCGCCCGCAUACGGAGAGGACGAUUACCGCGUCGCACUCGCCCACGGAGUCAUUUCCGAUACCAGAGUACCACCAAAUCCCGUCGAUGACCAAGGUUGCUUCACUGCAGUUGUUCGUGACUUUGAGGGCCAGCAUGUCAAGGCAGCAGACAAGGGCAUCAUCAAGCAUCUGAAAGGCACUGGACGCUUGAUCGUAGACUCACAGCUUCUCCAUAGCUAUCCUUUCUGCUGGCGGUCUGAUACUCCCCUGAUCUACCGAACUGUUCCCUCGUGGUUUAUCAAGAUCCAGGACAUUGUUCCACAGAUGCUGGAGAACAUUGCAGGCUCACACUGGGUUCCUUCAUUCGUCAAGGAGAAGCGCUUCGCCAACUGGAUCUCCAACUCACCUGAUUGGGCAGUUUCAAGAAACCGUUUCUGGGGUACUCCACUCCCGAUCUGGGUCAGCGAUGACGGAAAAGAGCUUGUGUGUGUUGGCAGCGUAGAGGAGCUGAAGAAGCUUAGCGGAUACGAGGGUGAACUCACCGACAUUCACCGUGACAAGAUUGACCACAUUACCAUUCCCAGCAAAGAAGGCAGGGGUACGCUCAAGAGAACCAACGAAGUCUUUGAUUGCUGGUUCGAGUCUGGCUCUAUGCCCUACGCUAGCGCGCACUACCCAUUCGAGAACGUGGAGCAAUUCGAAAAGUCUUUCCCCGGAGACUUUAUUGCAGAGGGUCUUGAUCAAACUCGCGGUUGGUUCUACACUCUUACAGUCUUGGGCACGCAUCUUUUCGGCAAACUGCCUUUCAAGAACUGUGUUGUCAACGGAAUCGUACUUGCAGAGGACGGCAAGAAGAUGUCAAAACGUCUAAAGAACUACCCCGACCCCAAUCUUAUCAUGGACAACUAUGGUUCUGAUGCUCUGCGAUUGUAUCUCAUCAAUUCACCUGUCGUCCGCGCCGAGACACUUCGCUUCAAGGAGGCGGGUGUCAAGGAAAUCGUUUCCAAGGUGUUGCUACCUCUAUGGAACAGCUACCAGUUCUUCGAGCAGCAAGUAUCGCUCCUGAAGAAGGUCGCUGAUCUUGACUUUAUGUUCGACCCAGCGGCUGAGAAGACAAAUUCAAACGUGCUGGAUAGGUGGAUCUUGGCUUCCUGCCAAUCGUUGUUGAAAUUUGUCAACGAAGAGAUGGCCGCAUACAGACUGUACACUGUCGUCCCGCGAUUACUCGAGCUUAUUGACAACACGACCAACUGGUACAUUCGCUUCAACCGUCGCCGACUGAAGGGUGAGUACGGUCUAGAGGACACAAAGCACGCACUCAACACACUCUUCGAAGUCCUCUACACACUCUGCCGUGGACUCGCACCUUUCACACCAUUCAUUACGGACAAUAUCUACCUGCGAUUGUUGCCGCACAUCCCUAAGGAGUUGCACGCAGAGGACAACCGUAGUGUACACUUCCUGCCAUUCCCAGAGGUCCGUGAGGAGCUGUUCGAUGAAGCUGUUGAGCGUCAAGUCAAGCGCAUGCAGUCGGUCAUUGAACUUGGACGUAUCUGCAGAGAUCGCGCGAAUAAGGGCCUCAAGAUCCCACUCAAGACGCUGGUAGUCAUCCACCCAGAGCAACAAUAUCUUGACGACAUCAAGUCGCUCGAGACCUACAUUUUGGAGGAACUGAACGUGCGAGAAAUUGUGCUGUCAAGCGACGAGGAGAAGUAUAAUGUGCAAUACUCUGCGACAGCCGACUUCUCUGUUCUUGGCAAGAAGCUUAAGAAGGACGCCGUCAAGGUCAAGAAGGCUCUGCCAAAUCUCAAGAGCCAGGAAAUUAAGGAUUACCUGAAGAGCGGCGAGAUUGUGGUUGAUGGUAUCAAGCUUGAGGCCGAAGACUUGAUGGUCAAGCGUGGCCUCGCACAGGACUCUAGCAACAAAGACCAAGAGUUCAACACUGACAAUGACGUCCUCAUUAUUCUCGACGUGGCGUCGUAUCCUGAGCUUGAGCAGGAGGGUCUUGCACGAGAGGUCAUUCGCCGUGUCCAAGAUCUGCGCAAGAAGGCUGGACUAGUGCCUACUGACGAUGUGGGUAUGGAAUACCGAGUCUUGAGCGAUCCUGACGGAGUGGGCCUGGAGAAGGCAUUCGAGAACCAAGGACCACUGUUUGAGAAGGCUCUGAGGAGGAAUGUUGACAAGCACAUCAUCACUGAACUUGAUGGCAAGAUACCCGAAAACAGCAACGAGGAGGUGAUUGCAGAAGAGGAGCAAGAGCUUCACAAGGCAACGUUCAUGCUGCGGUUGGUUAAGCUGUGAGGAGUAUGCAAUACUACUAUGUCUCCAGCGGAUGGAUUCGUGGAUUGUUUAGUGUGCCCAUAAUAAGGGCUUUGAUGGCAUGACAGUGUAACGUAGAUAGCCGAAGAAAUGACAAAAAUAACUUUCAGUAAAAUGCAAGA